CUCAGCCAGUGACGCAUAGAUUGGAUAUAACCGACGUAAAUACCUGGAUAUUGGUGUAAUAUCGAGGAGUACCCAUCUGACAUUGAAACGUGUGUUUAUUUCACAUUUUCUCAUUCAGCGACUCGAUUAACGGGCGGUGAACAGAACGGCUAGUUACCUAUUGAAACUGCGUGCAGCCAUUUUGAAGCAACGAGAGGUGGCUGGGAAGUGCUUGCCGUGUAGACGAUGGUCGUGUUGCGAGGAGAGCAGGCAUAGCAGGACCAGACGACGGUGGUGUAGAACAUCGAAAGGCUCUCUGUGGACGAUGUAGAGGAAACUGGUGCUUACAGUGUACUGUAAGUCGGGAUCAAGGAAUUACCUGUCUGUUCAAGUGGGUCGCGAUGUCUGCUAGUCGAUCCGGCGACAUGGAGACAGAGAGGGUGCUGGGUCGGGCAAGGCGACGCUGUGUGUGUGAUUUCUGGCUGUCAAGGGUCGCAAGACCCAGAACCAAAAUGUUAGUAUGUAUUGUAUUUAUAUUUCACAUAUCUUCAGCUUUGACAUUCGAUAUACACAUGUCGUCAAGUGAUCCCGGGGGUACGGUGCUGUAUAACGGGAGUCAUGGGCCAGGGUGGUCGUACACCCUGGAUAGACAAGUCAGCCGUCAUGCAUUACCUUAUCUACAGCUGGACUCCACCACUGGUGUUGUGUAUUUGCAACAGAAUGUGCAGUGCUAUCAUGUUAGUGAAAAUCCAUUGAACUUUCGUGUUAUUUCAAGGACUAGAUACUCCAAUCUCAUUUCAAAUUACUCAGUGACUCCGCUCUCUGUGUUCGUUCACGGUCACAAGUGUGGAGUGGCCCCCUCUCAGACGCUCAAACCUCAGCGGUUGAAAGACCCCCAUUACGUUGUUGUCUACAGCAAUCGGACAACAAACCAGUGCAUUCCAAGGGGGCAUCAUGUAGCUUCAUUAGCCAGCUAUAUUCCUUUAUCAUUAAGACAAUGUGUUAUUGUGGUGGACAUGCCAGUUUCAUUGGACUUCAAAGUGGACAUUCAAACAUUAGAAAUAACAACUAUUAUCAGCAGGUGCUUGCAAGGAGGUGAGAUCAUUGCAGAUUUCAAUGUUUUGUUUUACUGUGAGAAAUCAUCAGUGUCAGUGCCAUACCGUCUUAUACUUCAUUCUUUUAGUGGCCAUUAUUCUCCCAACUUCAUCAAUGUCAAGAAACGUCGCAUGCGAAGAGCCAUUGAAAAUAACGCUCCUGUCUUUUCUAAAAUACAAUAUGUUGAACAUGUAAAAGAGGAGCAGAGGCCAGGGAUCGUCGUGGCAACAAUCACAGCAACCGAUUCCGACACAGAAAGAGCAGGGACGAUCACCUACAGCAUGGUGCCAAAUCGAAAUGUUCUCAGUCAAAACAUGUUCUCUAUCCACCCGAUUACUGGAACCAUUAACACAACACAGACCCUAGAUAGAGAACAAAUUGCUGCGCAUUAUUUCAUGCUGGUGGCGACGGAUGAUGGUAGGGAUCCACUAACAGCCACAAGUUUGGUGGUAAUCCUGGUUGAUGAUGUCAAUGAUAACCCACCUGAGUUCGAAUCUAAUCAUUACACUCGUAACAUCUCGGAGGACCAGCAUGAGGGAUACACGGUUCUCACAGUCCAGGCUACCGACAAGGAUUUUGGCGACAAUGCUGACGUGAGGUACACAAUCAUCAACACCGACGGACAGUUGCUGCCAUUCAUGAUUGACCCUCUAACAGGAAUCAUAUCAACCAGGGCAGUUCUUGACAGAGAGACGAAAGACAGUUACCAUUUCCUUGUGAGAGCUGUGGACCAAGGGGAAACAACCAAACGGAAAAGUGCCACAACGACUGUUGAUAUACAGCUGAAAGAUGAAAACGACAACAAGCCCCAGUUUGACAAGACAACAUACCGAGUUCAAGUCCCAGAAAAUAUCGACAUUUCAUCUCGGCCAGUAAUUCUGAACAUCAGUGCCUCUGACAUAGAUCAAGGACCUAAUUCUGAUAUUCGGUACAGCAUGACAGGCAAUGUAGACAACAAAUUCCAUAUUGACAGUCUGACGGGAUCGCUGAGCGUGAUCGGCACUCUUGAUUACGAAGUGUACAAAGAGUACAAGCUGAACAUCAGGGCGGAGGACAAUGGAGUACCAUCACAGAAAAGCCAAGCCACAGUGUUGGUGGAGGUUUUGGAUGUCAAUGAUAAUGCACCCAAAUUCUUCCCCGAAACGUACCAGGAGUCUGUGUUUGAGAACGAACCAGCAGGAACACCCAUCCAGCAGGUGCAAGCUCAUGACUCAGACUCUGGAGAAAACGCAAGACUGACCUACAGUAUUAUUGGUGCCCCUGCAAAUAUGCCGCUGGCGAUUGAUGACAAAACGGGAUGGAUCAAAACAAGUGCUAGUAUAGACAGGGAAGUAGCAUCUUCUUAUGAGUUUCGGGUUCUUGCAAUGGAUCAUGGGGAGCCUCAGAAGAUGGCUUCAGCUCAGGUCACGAUUCAGAUACGCGACAUCAAUGACAAUUCUCCAGCAUUCUCAUCGAAAACAUAUCAAGCAGCAGUGUCUGAAGAGGCCAGAAUAGGCACCAGCGUAACAACUGUAACAGCCAUUGAUCCUGAUUUGGGAGAUAAUGCACGGGUCUCAUAUGACAUCACUGGAGGAAAUACGGGGACUGUUUUCCAGAUAAGUCCAAACAGGGGAGAAGGAAUCAUCACAGUUCAAGGUCGUUUGGAUGCUCGGACCCAGAGCGAGUAUGAACUGACUGUCAGUGCAAGAGACUCGGGUGGAAAAACUGACUCGGCCAAAGUUUACAUCAACAUUACUGAUACUAACCGAAAUAGACCAGCGUUUCAGGGGACACCAUAUGUGAAACGUGUCGAUGAGAAUGUUGCAGUUGGGACUACAGUAUUUAAAGUUCUAGCACUGGAUAGUGAUAGAGGUCAAAAUUCUAUAGUCACUUAUUCCAUUGAACCGGCAUCUACAUUUGCAAUUGAUCCAACCUCAGGGGAGAUAACAACCAGAGCACUGCUUGAUCGAGAAAUGAUACCAACGUACAUGUUGAGUGUGACUGCGGCUGACAACGGCAACCCACCUCUGAGUGAUACGACAGACAUGGACAUCACAGUGAAUGACAUCAACGAUAACAGGCCUGAGUUCCUACAGCAGGAAUAUAAAGGCACCAUUAGGGAAGACGAACUGCCGGGCACCAGCGUUAUCCGUAUCCAUGCUGAAGAUCGAGAUCAGGGCCAAAACAAGCAGAUCGAGUAUACGUUUGAUGGAGGAAACAACGGAGAUGGGGACUUCAAGAUCGACAGCGCUCGGGGAAUAAUACGAGUGGAGAAAGAACUCGACCGUGAACGUGUUGCCAAUUAUGAACUUGUUGCGUAUGCAAUUGAUAAAGGCAAUAAACCAUUAUCUACAUCAGUUAAGAUAAAUAUUAAAGUAGAAGAUGUGAACGACAACGAGCCCCGAUUUGCAAGUCGUCUCAUCGAAGCACCUGUUCCUGAAAAUACUCCUGUCGGUUCGACGGUGUGUGUCAUCACAGCAACUGAUCCAGAUGAAGGGGAAAAUGCUUUGGUAGAAUAUUCCUUUGCCGGGGGAGCUGAUGUCGAUUCCUUUGAUCUCGGUGAUAUGAAGGGACCUUCAGCAAAAAUUAUCUCCCGUAUUGACUUGGAUUACGAAUCGGACAAGAAGGAAUAUCAAGUGAAACUACGCGCUUCUUCGGGUCUUUUGUUCGCCAUUACAACAAUUGUGAUCAAAGUACAAGAUGUUAAUGACAACCCCCCAACCCUAAAGGAUUUUAUGAUUAUAUUCAACAACUACCCACACAGCUUUCCCUCUGGAUCUAUCGGACGUGUACCUGCGUAUGAUCCGGACGAGAUUGACCGUCCUCGUCUUGUGUACAGAUUCGUCUCAGGAAAUGAAGCACGUCUACUUCACCUCAAUGAAUCAACAGGAGCGAUAACUCUUGAUGCCAGACUUAAUUCUGAUGUACCUCGACUUGGAUCAUUUGAAGUUAGCGUUUCAGAUGGCCUAAAUGAAGUAAAGGCUGGCUGCAAGCUGUUUGUGCGCCUCAUCACUGAAGACAUGCUCUUGAACAGCGUCACGAUCCGACUGGACCGGAUGACGGAGCAGGCCUUCCUCUCUCCACUCUUCAGGUUCUUCGUGGAUGCCCUUGCUUCCAUCUUGCAUGUGGAGGAUACGAAGAUCUACGUCAUCAACGUGGAGGAUGACAUCGAUGUACCUGGACAGGUGCUCAACGUGACUGUUUCAGUAAAGAAGGAUGAGGUGAAUGUACGGGGUGGAAGCAAGGACGUGUUCUAUCCCCCGGAAUUCAUCCAGGAGAACAUCUACCUGCAGCGUUCUAUGCUGGCCAAUCUAUCUACUCUGCAGGUGCUUCCGUUUGAUGACAACCUCUGCAUGAGGGAGAUGUGCUACAACUUCGAGGUCUGUCAGACAAAACUGGUGUUUGACUCGGCUGCGGACUUCAUCAAGUCUGACACCAUGCUGUUCCGAUCCAUCCAUCCGGAGAGUGGCUACAGAUGUGUGUGUCCUAUUGGCUUCACAGGUCAGAAGUCGUCCAACUGGUGUGAUGUGGAGGUGGAUCUGUGUUACUCCAAGCCUUGCCUGAAUGGGGGGAAGUGCCUCCCAAGGGAGGGAGGGUACACCUGUGUGUGCACAGAGUUGUUUACAGGGACCAACUGUGAAGUGAAUCAGACCGCAAAGUUCGACACGUGUCCCUCUUACCUGUGUCACCCUCCAUCCCGAUGUGUGCCCCUCAUUAAAGGGGGCUUCAGGUGUGACGGAUGCCCCUCCACUGAAGACUACGACAAGUUCUGCCGCCUCACGAAGCGGAGUUUCAGCAAGGGGUCCUUCCUGUCCUUCCCGUCCUUGAAGCGGAGAAACCACUUCACCAUCACCUUGGAAUUCGCCACGCAGGAGAAAAAUGGCUUGCUCUUCUACAAUGGCCGAUUUAAUGAACUCCACGAUUUUAUAGCCCUGGAAAUUAUUGAUGGGCAGAUUCAGUUCUCGUUCUCCCUCGGUGCUGACAUCACAACUGUCAAUCCUUACGUUAGGGGCGGAGUCAACACUGGAGAAUGGAUGAAGGUCAAGGUCAAUUUCCUAAAUCGAGAAGCAACCGUGACAGUUGGAGCAGACUGUGAUACACUUGUCUCCGUUCUCUACCAUGACCAGCUGGGGAACUACUCAUGUGCAGAUCGCAAUGCAACAGUACUUGAUAAGAUAUGUGAGAAUCCCACAAAGAUUUGUCAUCGCCUUCUGGAUCUGACCGGCCCCCUCCAGGUCGGGGGGCUGCCGUCGCUUCCUACCACCUUCCAAGUCGUCAACAAGGACUUCGUCGGCUGCAUUAAGGACUUCUACAUCGACCACGAUAUUCUGAACCUCAACUCGUCAGUCUCCUACGUAGGGAAGGGCAGCGAGGCAGGGUGUUCUGCCAAGAAACCCAUUUGUUCUGAGAAGCCAUGCCAAUAUGGAGGUAAAUGCAAGGAAGGAUGGACGACUUUCACCUGUGAAUGUAGAGACAAGGCCGGUGGCAAGGACUGCAGCCAAGUGAUUGAGUCCCCGAGGAAGUUAAAGGGCAAUGGCUACCUGUCCUACUCCAACUUUGGCCAGAACAAUAACAAAGUCAGUUUCCCGUGGUACAACGGUCUGGCCUUCCGCACCCGAGCUGAGAGUGGCGCCCUCAUGCAGAUAAAUCUCAGUGUUGGUCAAGUCACAAUCAUGAUUGAGAAUGGUUUCAUCACAUAUAACUUCAAGUCAACCAAAAUCGUGUUUGAUUUCCGCAAAGUGAAUGAUGGAAAGUGGCACUACUUUGAGUCACGUUGGUUCCAAGGUCGUCAAGAACUCACCCUCGACUACGGACAGCUCAGUAUGGAGGUGGAGCGAGCAAGUACCAUAAAGAGCAGUGUGGUCAGCAUGGUGUAUGUGGGGGCUACACGGGAAGGCAAUGAAGCUAUCAAGAAUGGCUUUCAUGGAUGUGUCAAGGAUAUACGUAUGGGUAACAAUGCCAACACUGUGUUGAACAAUCCCACCGAGAACAACGUGGAAGCGGGGUGCAGCAGCGUGGACAAGUGUCGUGGAAACCCCCUGUGGUAUCGGCACCUGCAUCGACGAAUGGGAGGAUAUUUCGACAGGAGUCUCUUUGUAAGCGGUUGUCUUUUCUACUGUCUUGGUGAUGGGGUGAUUGGAACUCCCAUACUGAAAGGUUUCAUCGGCCCCGACUGUAAGGACAUCUGUUCCAGUGCCAACCCCUGCCAGAACUACUCCACAUGUCUACGUCCCAACACCCGGCGGAACCACUACUCAUGUGAGUGUGGGGCCCGGCAGAGUGGGGACUACUGCGAAGUGACUGCCCCCAUGGAGUGUCCUGCAUCGUGGUACGGCUACCCCGUCUGUGGACCCUGCAACUGCCGCGUGGACCGCGGGUUCGCCUCUGCCUGUAACAAGACUUCCGGGGAAUGCAUUUGCAAGCCCAACCACUACCGGCCAGCUGGAAGUGAGGUGUGCUACCCAUGUGACUGCUACCCUAUUGGAUCAACGGGGGCAACGUGUCACCCUGUCACUGGUCAGUGUACAUGCAAGGAUAUCAUCGUAGGGCGGAGGUGCGACCAGUGUCCGAGUAUAUUCGCUGAGAUCCGUCAGGAAGAGGGUUGCCACGUUGUGUAUGACUAUUGUCCAAGGAACCAUGCGUCUGGAAUAUGGUGGGAACCAGAAUCUCUUGGCAAAACUGCGGUUACAGACUGCCCAGGAACAGCCAUGGGUGAUGCACUUCGGAAGUGUACAGAAACAGACAGCUGGCUUGAACCUGAUCUCUUCAACUGUACGAGUGCCAACUUCACCAAGCUAAAAGCAUCGGUUGCUCAACUAAAUGAAGGAUCCAUUAACACAUUCGUAGCAAAGACCUCAAUCGACAGUCUCCGCAACGCCACGAACACGACGAGCCCGAUGUAUGGUGGUGACAUCGCCACGGCUUAUCAGACGAUCUACAAGAUUCUCAAGUACGAGGUCAAACAGAAGGGACUCAGUCUCACAAAUGAACAGCAUGGCACCUACAUCCAGGAAAUGCUUGUUGCCGUCAGCAACGUGACGGAGCCAGAGACCAAAGUCUACUGGGACACCAUCAAUACGAAAUAUGACGGAGCAGCCAAACUGCUGAACCUGUUUGAGGAGUACCUGGUGACACUCGCCACCAACUUCGCCUCCACCAAGACCCCAGCAUUUGAUGCAAUAUCCGACAAUAUGGUGUUGGGUGUUGACUGGAUUGCCAAGGACAACAUAACAAAAAAGUCUGUCCCCAAGUAUGACCACAUACAGAAGAAAGGAACAUUUGAUGAUGAUUCCAACAUCAAGCUGCCCAUGUCCAUCUUCAAACCUGUUACUGCAAGUACCCACAUAGACAACACAGUUCCCAAAGCAUAUGUGGGAUAUAUCCUGUAUCGCACCAUUGGGGACAUCCUGCCUAAACGGUUCUCAUCGUCAGUCAGUGUGAUGGGCGACAUCCCUGUAGUCAUCAACAGUCCGGUCAUGACGGUGGUGAUCGUGGACGACGGCCACGUCAUUAACGGCCCCAUCUCCACCCCUGUCAACAUCACUCUGAAGCAGCUGUACUCCUCCAACAGAACGGGGCCUCAGUGUGUCUACUGGAAGCAUGAUUCAGAGAGUAGUGGGUCUUGGUCCCGAGACGGAUGUUGGCUCAUUGACCAGUACACCAAGAAUGGAGAGGACUAUGUGGUGUGUUCUUGUAACCAUCUGUCCACGUUCACCCUUCUUAUGGAUGUCGCUGGGUCGGAGGAUCGAUGUUCAUCAACGGUGCGAGUGGAAGUCAUCACUUAUAUCCUUGUUGUCCUCUCCAUGGCGUGUCUCGUCUUCGCCUUCGUCAUCUUCAUGAUCUUUAAACGACUGCAAUGCAACUGGAACAGCAUCCACAUCAACAUCAUCUUUGUUCUCUUCAUCACUCAGAUGUCUUUUAUCAUUGGCAUCGACCGGGUCAAAGAAACGUUGGCCUGCAAGUUGACGGGCAUCAGCCUCCACUACUUCUACAUCUCCGCCUUUGCCUGGCUGUUUGUUGACGUGCUCCACAUCUACAGAAUGCUCACCGAACUUCGCAUUAUCAACUACGGCUCCAUGAAGUUCUACUACCUCGUAGGAUAUGUUAUUCCAGGAAUAAUCGUUGGCUUGUCUGUGGGUCUCAAUACAGCAGGAUACGAAAUUUGUGACUUCUGCUGGAUGUCUGUGUCUGGCAUGUUCAUCUGGAGCUUCGCUGGUCCAAUUUGUCUUGGAGUUCUGAUAAACAUCUUCACCUUCAUCCUGGCCAUGAAGGCCAGCUGUAGAGAGAAGAUCCGAGAACCUGAAAACCUCAACAGCCUCAGGUGUGGGCUGUUGAGCACCAUCAUACUGCUGCUGUUGGUUGGGGUGACGUGGGUGACUGGUCUCCUCUCUGUCAACUUCAAUAUCCCCUACCUUAACUAUGUAUUCUCAGUGUUCAUGUGUCUCGAAGGUGUCUUCAUAGUGCUGGCAUAUGUACUGCUCAAUGCAAAGGUUCGAUUCCAAAUAAAAAGAGCGUGGUUCCGCAUCCAGGGCAAGAAACUAGAAAUUGAUGAAAACCUUGCUGGAACAAGGAGCACAAUGUUAUCUAGAUCUGCAUUAGCCUAUCGUCAUGAUUCCUCUAACGAUGGAGGUCUUCAUCGUGUCAACAUCGGCAUCUCCACAACAUCAACAACAAGUCGCUCCAGUAAGAGUAGCGGCACCUUCCACAAGGGCGACGACUACCUACGCAGCACAAGCAGCUCGACAUCGGGACACGUGCCAUCCACGGCGCUGUACCCACCCAACACUGGCAUUCCACCCUACGGGUUUGAUCCAUCAGGAUUCCAUGACAAACUUCCAGAUGGCACCAAUCCUGAUACAGGGGAGACAAAUCAUAAACCUGGCAAUGACUCUGAUUCUGACAGUGAGGUUUCCAUAGAUAGGAACAGUCUUGAUCUGGCUUCUAGUCAUUCCUCAGAUGAAGACGAUGACUUUGACCUCGGUCCCAGGUGGGAACCCACCCCUACUAAAAGUAAAGCAGUAGAAAAAGCUAGAGAAGAAAUAGAGAAAAAGAAAAAAGAAAAGGAAUUAGAUAGACUGAGAAAUAAUAAUGGUGAUGGUCUUUGGCUGGGGGAUGGCGAACCAGGUCAAAGGUUAGGUAACAGUCCAAGAUUAUCAAACGUCCAGCCGGAUGUGACGUUACCGGCAUCGGAACGCCAAGAUCGAGCAAUGAGACAUCUGUCUGAGCACUCAACCGUCUUCACAAACUCACAGAGAUAAUUGUAACAUUCCAAUCCAUGUUCCAUUAGUCUUCAUGUUCGUGUAGAAGCAGAAGAACUAUCAUAAUAAUCAUCCAUUUCACAGCCAUAACUCCAUUGACCAUUUUUGAAUGAUUACAUGUGCCUAAAUGUUAUAUUAUUUGUAGUCAGCUUUAUGAGAACUAAUAACAUGGAAGCAGUUGCACUGCCAUUAUCAUUUUGUUGAAAUGGCUGCACGAAAUUGCAGACAGUAUUUGUCUAUAAAUAUUCCUGAUGAGCAAACAAUAAACUUCUUUCUUAAUUCCUUCAAGAUCAGAACUACAUCAUUGUCGGUGAACAAAACCAUAUUCCAUGGACAAAGUGAUAUAUAUAUCAUUGAUAGCUCACUCUGAGACUAAACUAUAUUUGCAACAUUAAUGUCUGUAAAUGUUUUUUGUAAGUAUUAUUCUGUACCUAAUUAUGCAGGUAUUUGUAAAUGUUUUUGUCUGUCUCGACAAGUAUUAUGUGUAUAUUCUGUACAGUCCACCAUUGUAACAUUGUGCAUAUGCCAUCCUGUCAUUUGUGUACAUUCAUGAUAGUCCCCCCUGUAUUAUGUACUGUCGGUUCCCACAUAGUGUUAGCUAGUGCUUCUAAGGGCUACCAGCAGUCUUGCCCCCCUACCUGUGUGACAGCUAGGGUGACGGUCUCUCCAGGGCGUGGUGGCUUCACAAGAUUCGAAGGGAUCAGAUUCUAAAGAUAAUGUCAGUGAACAUUUGGAGUAAUGUGUGCCUAAAUUAGUUGUCCUGUAAGUUGAAUCUCAUUUCAGUAUUUCUUUAGUUUAUUCUAAAAUAAUUUGUCCCAAUAUUUUGAAGUUAGCAGGUGUUGUAUCAGAACAACAGAAUGUAUGAGAAUAAUUGAGUGAAAGCAGUAAUACUAAAUGCAUAAUUUGAACUAUUUCAGUUGUCUCCAAUACAAUGUGCAUUUCGUAAUUUCUAAACCUUGGAUAUUCUUGGUCAAGUUUGUGUUCAAACGGUAAUAUCAUCGCAUAAUAUGGAAAGUUGGGUCAGAGAAUAGGAUAGAAAUCUGUGGUGAUCUCAUUUCUGAUUGGUACACAGUAUUGACAGAAAGAAGUGCCUUGGACCAAGACCGCUGGUAUUCUGCAUGUAGAAAGUGACAUUUGGCCUCAGUGAGAAUGUUGUAGGAGGGUUAUCUCCCUUGUUGUGAUACUCCAGUCUUUAAGUAGAGCUAUCGCCGUGUUGUGACUUAUGCGCUGCGUCAUGCCCCACUUGGCCUUGUUGUUUAUUUAUUGCUGUAUAUACAUACUUGUCACGAUGUCAACAUGUUGAUCUCUUUGUACAAAUUUUUAUCAAAUUCAUUUUUUUAUGAUGAUGAAGUACUUGUGCUUCCUAACAACAACAACAACAACAAUAAAAAUUAUAAAUACCA